AUGGAUGCACUUCUGGACAGAGAGGCAUCUCUGGAGCCAGAGGCACCAGUAGAGCCAGUGCUCCUCCUCCAACUAAUGGCAUUGUCCAUCUUUGCUUGCAUUUCUGCUUCAGGCCUCAUCAAUGCAGUGAAGAAAGUUUUCCCUGAUUCAGAACAUAGGCACUAUGUGAGACACAUUUACCAGAAUUUUCACAAGAAACACAAAGGGCAAACUCUGAAGAAUGAUCUAUGGGCAGUUGCAAGGUCUACAAAUAUUCCAACUUGGGAAAGAAAUAUGGAAAAAUUGAAAGUGGACAGUGAAGAAGCUUGGGCAUGGGUGGAGGAAUUGCAGCCUAAUACAAGGAUUAAAGCUUUCUUCAAUGAUUUCCCAAAAUGUGACAUGCUUUUGAAUAAUCAUUCUGAAGUAUUUAACAGCUACAUUCUUGAGGCUAGAGAGUUUCCUGAAGAGGAGCUGGAAGAGGAGGAGCAAGAGAAGCUGGAAGAGGCAGAGCUAAUGCACAAGCAGAUAGAGGAAGAGCAAGAGGAAGAGGAGGAGGCAGAGGAGGAGCAAGUGAAACAGGAAGAGGAGGAGGAAGACAAGUCGGCGGAGGAGGUGCAAGUGCAAGAGGAAGAGGAGGCGGCGAGAGGAGGAGCAAGUGAAACGAGGAAGAGGUAA